AUGUCCUCUCUCGCCUCUGAUCGCUACUCCGUCUAUGAACGCGACGAGAACGGGAGCCUUAUACCGGACGGCGGCUCAGGCUACAGGUUGACCCCCGCUGGCGUGGAAGCGGAGUACCAGAUGUACCUGAAAAGAGCCAAGGAACGUAUGCCCGCUCCUACGACAGAACUUCCCGACAGAUACAACCUCACGAAUCUCAACGAGUUCAGCCCGAGACCACCCCGCUUACAGUACGGCAUUGCAAUCGACUUUAACAAGCUCGAGUCCUACGCGAAGGAGAAGAACCUCUUAGAGGCCGCCGCGCGUAAGCGCGGCGUGUCCGUUAGUUCGCUUUCAGACUAUGCCAUCAUCUCCGAAGUAUUCAAAGCCCUGAAGGUAGCGUGCAACGCCAUUGUUUAUUGGUGUGUACCGUGGGUUCCCGAAUACAACGGAAUGGUCGCACUUUAUUCGAACUACACCAUCUUUUGGGAACAGCUUGAAGAGCAGGAUGAGAAAGAGGUGAUCGAUAUAUUGCAGAAGGAGCUGGGCGUUACAGAGGAACCGAUGUGGUAUUGGGAUAUUUGCAACCGGUGA